GCUCUCCUCUCCAUCCAUCCAUAUUACCGUUGUGCACUUGCAUGAAUCUCUAGAAUAGGUGCUUCUAUUCUUACAGCAGGUCGGGACGCGAGCGUGGCGCCUGGUCGGCCGCCUCCUGACGCUGCUUCUUCACUGGCUCCGUACGGUUUGCUAACGAGAGCGUCAGAUUAAGAUUGUAUGCUUUCCUGGUCCGCGUGUCACCGAAUUUUCGCGAGCGGCAUGGACGGGGGUGGUGGCGACGGGGGCGGCAUGGACGGGAGCGUAGACGAGAAUGUGUUCCGCUUUAAGGUGGCCGCGUUCUUCACGGUGAUCGUGGUGUCGCUGGUCGGGGGAUUCCUGCCGCUGCGAAUCAACAUGGGGAGCGACCAGAUGCGGAAAGGGUUCAUAGACCACAUGCGCUUCCUAACCGCCGGCGUGUUCCUCGGCGUGGGUCUGCUGCACAUGCUCCCAGACGCCGUUGAGGGCUUCCAAGCGCUAGACUGGUCGCCGCCCUCCGCCUUCAAUAUAGUCACAUCCGCCUGGCGUACGCACCUUCGCCACAGUCCCGCCACCCCCCUAUCGUCCGGCUUCUCUCUCCACAUAGCAAAUUCCUCCGCGGGUCCCUCCGUUGGUCCCUCCGCGGAUCCCGCUGCAGCGGACGGCGGCGAUCCGUUCCCCAUCCCGUACCUGCUGUGCGCGCUGGGGUUCAUCCUGGUCUGGUACGCGGAGCAGCGCUUCUCCUCCGCCGCCACCCCCUCCCCCUCCCCCCAGGAGAUCCAGAAAAUGAUGGCGGUGGCAGCAGGGGCGGAGUCGCUCGGGGGAGGUAGCAUCUGCUACGUCCAGGUGCAGCCGGUGGCGUCAUACGGGCCUGUGCAGUGCCCGUCGCCGACGAGAAUGCGCUCAGCUGCUGCUCUCGCAGGGAUCCCGCAAGCAGCCUUGGAAGCAGCAAUGCACGGCGCUGCGUCCUCGUCGUCCUCCCCGCUCGGACCCUCGGGAUUGUCGUCGUCUCUUGCUGGCUCUGCUGCUGGCUCUGCUGCUGGCUCGGUGUCCCCGUUCGCGUCUCCUUCUGCCAGUCGCUUCGUGCUGCCGUCUCCUGUGUCGCCUGCUCCUGCGCCUGCCGCCCUAGGGCAUACGUCCUCCCGUGUGUCCUCCCAUGCGCCCUCGCAUGUGCCGGCACAUGUGUCCGCGUCGCCGCAACUAGGCCUUAGGGAAGCGCUGCUGCUGGGAAGGGAGAUGGAGAGGGAGAGGGAGCGGGAGAGGGAGCGGGAAGGGGAGAAUCAGAGAGGAGGGUAUGGCAUGGGUGGGGCAGUGCUUGGGGGGCGUGGGCACAGAGGCGAGUAUGGAACGGGUGCACAUGGGCACAGUCACGACCACAGCCAUACACCUGGUCAUUCACAUGAUCAUACCCAUGGUCAUGCUGGUGGAGGGGGGAGUGAGGUGGGGCAUACGCAUGUGCACGCUGAUGAGCAUGACGAGGAGGAUGGGCUGCUAGCGCAUGACCAUGACCAUCACCAUGAUGACCACCAUGAGCACCAGCACGAGCAUGCACAGCCCCAUGACCAUGCACAUGCACAUGGGCAGGAGGAUCACGAGCACGAGCAUGACCCAUCACCCGAGCACCCGCACCAGCAGGUGCAGGUGGAGGAGGCUCCGAGCGAUUGCUGCCACUCGCAAGGCCAUGGGGCUAGCGUGUGCCACCACAGCGAGCAGCAGCUGCAGCAGCAGGAGCAGGGGCGGCAGAAGCAGCAGCAGACGCAGAAGAGUAGUCACCAGCACCAGGACGCUCAUGCCCAUGAUCACAGUCAUGAGGAAGGGCAUAGUCAUGCCAAUGCUCAUGCUCAUGCGCAUAGCCAUAGCAAUGGGCAUGGGCAUGGGCAUGCUCACUCCGCGCAUCCCGUGCACGAGUGGCAAGAGGAGGUGGGUGUGCGGUGGAGGGGCGUGCAGGGCGGGACGGAGGACGAUGCGUGCGCGGGUCUGCACCGCCACACGCACGCCACGCACCACCACCACAUAGUCCUCCCCUCCCGGGGGGGCCUCUCGUACCUGCUCACGGCGCUGCUCUCCCUGCACUCGUUUGUCGUGGGGGCCGCGCUGGGCACAUCGGGGACGAUGCAGGGGACCAUUGGGCUCAUCAUUGCACUCAUUGCGCACAAGUGGGCCGAGGCCUUCGCAGUGGGCGUGCAGUUUGUGCGGGAGAGUGUGCCGGUGUCCAAGAUGGCGGCCAUUCUGCUGCUGUACUGCGCCAUGACGCCUUCAGGCAUUGUCGUCGGCAUGCUCGCCAACUCCCUUGCAGGGCCCCGGGCCAUGCUCGUUGCCAACGUCACACAAUCGUUCGGCGCAGGCACGGUGCUGUACAUUGCAAUGUUGGAACUCAUGGAGAAGCACUCGGGCCCACAAGAAUCGAGCCUCCUGAACCUCUUGCUGUUGCUCGCAGGGUUGGGCAUCAUGGCGGCAGUCGCUGCCUUUGUAUAGAUCUCUUCCCAAGAUUGCGUGCUUUUGUCAGAAGCAAUGCUUAGUAGAUGCUGGAGGUUCACUUUCAGACGUUUCAGCAUGUCCACAUGGAUGGAGCGGUUUGUAUUGCGGAAAGUCUCCUUGCCGUGCCAGAUUCGGCACGUCCAGCGUGUCCACGACCAAAUGUUCG